GGGAAAGGGGAGGAAACUUGUCAGGAAGGGUUAGCACGAAGAGAAGAGGACGGUGUAGGGCUGCCGCACGCCGAGGAUUUCCGCGGAAUUAGCGUCUUAUUUCGCUCCUUUUGGAUACUCGACAUUUUUCUGGGGAGGUUUGGAAGUUCGAACAAACGACAGGCGACCAAGAAAAAGCCUCCCAAAAGAGGAGCUCCAACUCGGCCGAGGCGCCUAAUGCUUUAACGAGGCGGAAGUAACUUGCCAGCUGUCUGGCGAAAUCUUGGUAGCUUCUGAAUGCCUUCUCUGUGGGUGAUGGAGUUGACCAGGCAACUCUGUUUAAAGAUGGGGAAAAGUAAGAGGGCCCAACUAUCCUCCUCCCCUGCUACCACCGUGGGCCUCGAGAUACACUUCUACGUACCAGAGGUGCACCAGCUUGAGUACUUAAAAGGCUGCUUCACUGCUGAGGAACUCUGUGUGGAUGCAGCCAAGAGAUGCUCAAUCUCUCCCCUGUGCCAUAACCUUUUUGCCCUGUACAACGAGAAAACUGGCAUCUGGUACCCCCCCAACUAUGAGUUCAAGAUCACAGACGAAACCAGUAUCAAGUUACACUACCGGAUGAGGUUUUAUUUCAGGAACUGGCAUGGCAGCACUGAAGGAGAGUCACCAGUCUGGAGACACUGCAUCAGUAAACUCAGAGGACAGAGCACACAGAAAACCCCAGAGGGAACUCCUCUACUUGACGCGGAGUCCCUGAACUACCUUUUUGCCCAGGGCCAGCAUGACUUUCAGACUGGCCUGAUUUCACUGAGGAUGUCCCAGUCAGAGGCAGAGCAACAUGAGAUAGAAAACGAGUGUUUGGGCAUGGCUGUGCUUGCCAUUACUCACUAUGCCAUGAGCAUGGACAUUCCCUUGACAACUGCUUCUCGAGAAAUCAGCUACAAACGUUUCAUCCCGGACUCGAUGAACCGCACCAUUAAGCAGCGCAAUUUCCUGACCCGCGCCCGCAUCAACAACGUGUUCAAGAAGUUCCUCAGCGAUUUCAACUCUCGCACAGUCAAGGACAGCAACAUCACGCCGUACGACCUGAAGAUUAAGUACCUGGCCACUCUGGAGGGCUUGGCCAGCAGCCUUGGCAGUGAGCUGUUCGAGCCCGUCUCGCUCAGCGUAGUGCAGGAAGGAGAUCUCUGCAACGGGGGUUACUAUGGCUCCUACAACCAGAGCCAGAACCAGAGCCAGAAUGUGGAGGCAAGCCAUGGCAUGCAGGUGCUGGUUACUGGCACCACUGGCAUUUCCUGGAGACAGCCGCCCGCUACAAUGUCGGGCAUCUCCAAAGAAAAAGCCAAGUCAAAGAAAAACAAGCAGGAUGGAAAGCAAAGAAACGACAGAAAGAACGAGGUGAACGACGGCUGGCUGCCGUUCUGUGACUUCCAUGAGAUCACACACACCGUCAUCAAAGACACAACGGUCACCAUCUACAGACAGGACAACAAGAAGAUGGAGAUGCAAAUGGCGUCCAAGGCCGAGGCUCUGUCCUUCGCGACCCUCGUGGACGGUUACUUCAGACUGACCGUGGAUGCUCACCACUACCUGUGCAAGGAGGUGGCCCCAGCUUCAGUGGUGCACAACAUCAACAACGGUUGCCACGGACCCAUCUGCACGGAGUACGCCAUCCACAAGCUGCGCCAGGAAGGCAAUGAGGAAGGGGCCUACAUCCUACGCUGGAGCUGCACCGAGUACCACUACAUCAUCAUCACUGUGGUCUGCACUGAGAUCGACUUGAAGGAGUCUCGUACCGUGCGCCAGUACAAGAACUUCCAGAUUGAUGUGUCCAAAGAGGGGUUCCGUCUGUACGGCACGGACACUUUGCGGCCCACUCUCAAGGAGCUGCUCGAGCACCUGGAGGGCCACAGUCUCCGCUCCGACAACCUCCAGUUCCAGCUGCUCCGCUGCUGCCCCCCACAGCCCAGAGAGAUUUCUAACCUCCUGGUGGUCACUAAAGAUAGAGCACCGGCGCCUCAGUCGCCCAAUCCCAAUCAUUUCCGCUUCAUUCGCAUUCUCAAGGAGGAUAUUGAGAAGGAGGAUCACCUUGGCGUGGGCACAAAAACCAACAUCUACGCAGGCACACUGAGGUUGAAGAAUGAGGAGGAGGAGGAUGUGGGUUAUGCAUCCUUCCAGGAGGUCAAGGUGGUCCUGAAGGUUCUGGGUUCUGGACACAGAGACAUCUCCAUGACCUUUUUUGAAACAGCCAGCAUCAUGCGACAAGUUUCACACAAACACAUCGUGCUGCUGUAUGGAAUGUGUGUCCACUCCCAAGAAAACAUCAUGGUGGAGGAGUUUGUCCAACUUGGACCUCUGGACUUGUUUAUGAGGAGACAGCAGACUCCGCUCAGCACGCCGUGGAAGUUCCUGGUGGCCAAGCAGCUGGCCUCAGCUCUCAGCUACUUGGAGGACAAAAAGCUGGUCCACGGCUUUGUGUGCGCUAAGAACAUCUUGCUGGCCAGAGACGGACUGGCUGCCGAUGAGGGAGGGCCCUUCAUAAAGCUCAGUGACAGAGGAAUACCAAUCACAGUGCUCACCAGGGAGGAGUGUGUGCACCGUAUCCCGUGGAUUGCUCCGGAGUGUGUGAAGAGCGUCUCAUCCCUGAGCGUCGCAGCUGACAAAUGGGGAUUCGGUACCACCCUGUGGGAGAUCUGCUACGACGGAGAAGUCCCUCUCAAAGAGAAGAAACUCACGGAGAAGGAGAGGUUUUACGAAACCGAGUGCCAGCUGGCUACUCCAGAAUGCACAGAGCUGGCUGAACUCAUGACCCACUGCAUGACCUACGACCCCAAGAAGAGACCUUUCUUCAGGGCCAUCGUCAGAGAGAUGGACAUGCUCAUAGAGAAAAACCCAUCUAUCGAACCCCAGCCCACACCUGAGGUGGACCCGACCAUGUUUGAGAAAAGGUUCCUGAAGUGGAUCAGAGAUCUGGGAGAGGGUCACUAUGGUAGGGUGGAGCUGUGCCGUUACGAUCCCAGAGGAGACAAAACGGGCGAGCUGGUGGCAGUGAAGUCACUGAAGCCCGAGAACCGGGAAGAACAGAACAACAACCUCUCCAGGGAGAUUGACAUCCUGAAGGCGCUCUACCAUGAAAACAUUGUUAAAUACAAAGGCAUCUGCCAAGAGGAAGGUGGCCAGGCUAUUAAGCUGAUCAUGGAGUAUCUUCCACUGGGCAGUUUGAAGGAGUACCUGCCCCGUAACAAGAGCAGGGUCAACCUCAGCACCCUGCUCAGCUACUCCAUUCAGAUCUGCAAGGGAAUGGAAUAUUUGGGACUCCGAAACUACAUCCACCGCGACCUGGCUGCCCGCAACGUGCUGGUGGAGAGCGAGGGGACGGUGAAGAUCGGAGAUUUCGGCCUCACAAAGAGCAUCAAGGACAACGAGGGAUAUUACACCGUCAAGGAUGACCUCGAUAGCCCCGUGUUCUGGUAUGCCCCAGAGUGCCUGACUCUUUGCAAGUUUUACCGGGCCUCAGAUGUUUGGUCCUUCGGUGUGACGCUGUAUGAGAUCAUCACCUACUGCGAAUCACGCGAGAGCCCCAUGAAGCGCUACUUGGACAUGAUCGGCAACACCCACGGCCAGAUGACCGUCAUCCGACUGGUGAAGGUGCUGCAGGAAGGAUCGAGGUUGCCCCGUCCCGAGGAGUGUCCAGAAUUUGUAUACAACCUGAUGUGCAAAUGCUGGAAACAAAUGCCGGAUCACAGAAUCACCUUCACGAGCCUGAUCGAGGAGCUGACCGCCUUUCAGCAACAAUUCCAAAAGCCGAGCAACCUUUAAAAACUCCAGCGGUUUUUUUUGGGAAUGGCAAAAAAACUGACCCCAGCAAUGACAAAGAAAGCCAUGCACCUUCCUACGCUUAUAUAAACCUUCCUUAAUCGUGGCAUGAAGUCUAACCCUAAUAAGACACUUCUUUUUUUUUUCUUUUUUUUUUGUCAUAUUACUCUCAUAUUUCCAAUCAUGAGCAUUUGACAUGAAAGAAAUGUAGCCUUCCCAGUGUGACCCACUAUCUUACUUAUCACCAUAUGGAGAACAUUUAACUGUCUGUGGGAGAUGUCAAACUUGUGCGGAUUCUUAUCACUUUUAUUUCACUGUCAGAGGACUUUGAGGCACGGCUAAUAUCGCGCUCACGCACGGACGCUGAAAAGAUGGACGCUGAGCUGAACUGAGCUUCUUCUUCUUCUUCUUCUUCUUCUUCUUUUUUUUUUUUUGGAACGCUCCAUUUCACGCGGACGUGUAGAGUCAUUUGUGACGGAUGCCGAGUGGAUCGCAGAGAAGAUGUGGUCUCAGCCGACGCCGGUUGUUUCAUGGACUCCUCAGGAGACAUUUCACCUGUUUUCUUCGUGAUAAAUGUCAGGAUUUUCUGUUCAUGUUGUGCAAACGCAGCCGCCGGGAAUUGGCGUUGAGUUAGAGCCAGUGAUCAGUCGUCCUCCAACUUUCUCCAAGCCACGGUGGUCUAACAGACAAAACGAGCAUUUAAAAAAAAAAAGAAAGAAAGAAAGUGCGACAGCCAAUUUCACUUUUAGGAAUUGUAUGUACCAGUAAUUGGGUUAAAUAUCGCAAAGAUUAAUCUUAGUGGAGCAGGAGCUGCAUUUGCACGCGAACUGAAGAUCUAGAUUUUUGUUUUUGGGGCUAUAAUAAUGUAAUGGAUCUUGUCCUGUCCUGAUUAGCUGCACCUGAAAUCCAAACAACCUACAGUGAGAUUUGGUAUUUUAGGAGCAAAUGUGGGCGGCGUCACUUUACUUCUCCUCUACUGUUAAUGUUGCUUUAGGUGCAAGAUGGGGUCAGUCAGAACCAGAAAUACUGGCCGUGAAUCUCUGUAGAUGUAAUACUCAUGUAAUACUGCAACGAAAAAAAGAAAAGAAAACAGCCUGUAUCCACUGCCGCAUACUGCAAAUGGAAGGACUUCAGGUGGAACACAAAGUUUGAAGUGCGGAAAGAGCAGUGAAUUGACUGAUCUGCAUGGCUUUUUAUGUUUUUUUUUUCAAAAUAUAAUUUCUUUUAAUGAUAUGAAACGGUUAUAGUUACUUUUGUGCAUUUUAUAUGAUAUCCUCCAAUAGCCCAGAAACAUUAUAAAAGUGUAUUUAUCAAUGUAUACGUCGUAAGGUUUGAGCAGGAGGGUGUGUUUUUUCUGGUAAACCCCCCCCUCUCCUCCCCUCCCCUCCCCUCCCUCAGAGACAUUCACCAGUCACGAUUUUAAUCGCGGUGACUUCGGAUACGGCCAGUACUACUCGACGCAACUGUGAAUAUUGGCACGAAGGCGACACCAACAAAAGAUUGUCAGGAGGAAAAAAAGAUGCGCAGUCCACAUUUUAUUUAGGAAUGUAAAAGACAGUUCCUUCUGCUUGACAUAAGAGAAAAGAAAUUUAUAUAUAUUUUUGAAAAAAAAAAAAAGAUGAAAUCAUGACUUAUGGAAGGAGAUAGUAUCCAUAAUUACACAAUGAAAAAAUAAAUAAAGUCAGUGUUGUAUUCUGUCUGUCAAAUGCUAUGUCAUAUAACUACUGAAAACAGUUUUGUUCUAUAUGUUACAGUUGUAAGCAGGCAUGCGAAAGGUGCUCUGGAAAUAAUACCUUAUUCACAGUAAAACAAUAUCAAUGUCAGAUAUAAAAUUUUGCAAAAUCUACAGUAUCUUUCGGGUCAGAGAGGAAAAAAUAAAAAAUAAAUCCACAAACUCUAAAA